UAGCUAAAGCUUACGGGGCAGGUUGUGCCGUGUUUACGUUAGUUUUAAAAUCUGAAUCUUAUACAUGCUCUCCAGAAUUUCAGUGCAGGAGUUUUGCACUGCUUUGCUGUACUGCAAGAUGAGGCUGGUCUAUAAAACGUUUCUGCCGUUGCACACUCCAUCAUGCAACUAUUGAUAAUACAGGAAUAGUACAUCUGAUGACAGCAGCAUGGACAACAAAAAGAAGUUGCCUUGCUUUGUUGGGAUUGAUCGGCCAUCUGAAAGGUCUCAUGGGAAGAAACUUGGAUUUCAAGUGGAGCAGGAACAAAUUCAGAAGAGAACCUUCACCAACUGGAUUAAUGCCCAGCUGUCUAAGAGGAGUCCUCCAGUUACAGUGGUGGAUCUUUUCAAUGAAUUCAGAGAUGGAAGCAGACUUUUGGACCUGCUGGAGGUCAUGAGUGGUCAGAGAAUCAGCCGAGAGAAAAGAAGAGGGACAUUUCAGCACAGAUCUAACAUUGAGAAAGCUCUAGCGUUCCUUAAGAAGAAAUCGAUCAAACUUGUCAACAUCAAUGUCUCGGAUAUCAUGGAUGGCAAACCAUCCAUCAUUUUGGGUCUGGUCUGGACAAUUAUCAUGCACAUUCAUAUUGAAGAAUUGGCCAGCACAUUGUCCUUCAGCUCCCGUCAGUCUUCUCUGGAGUCGCUGGCGAGUUUGGACACUCGUUCGACCAACAGCAGUGCCCGCAGCAGUCCAGUGCCACCCCGUGGUUCACCCUUACAUGCCCGUUUUCGCGUAUCAGCCAAGAAAGCCCUGCUGCUGUGGGUCAGAGAGCAGUGCCAGCGGGCUGGAUGUACUCUGAAUGUGAAGGAUUUCAAGGUGAGCUGGAGGAGUGGAGUUGUGUUUUUGGCGAUACUUCAUGCUCUAAGGCCAAAUAUAGUUGACCUAACCAGAGCUCGAACAAGAACAAACAGACAAAACCUGGAGGAAGCCUUCCACAUUGCUGAGAGAGAACUUCAUAUACCCAGACUGCUAGAUCCAGCAGAUGUUGAUGUUAGAGAUCCUGAUGAAAAGUCUAUCAUGACUUACGUUGCUCAGUUCCUGCAGUAUUCUAAAGAUGCUUCAGUUUCUGAUGAAGAAAUGCAGUUUCUCACUCCUCCUCAGCGUCUUUCUCCUGUCAAUCUGCCUUCAGACUUCACUCCUUCUAUUGCUGCGUCACCUGUAAGACAGACUUCAACUAAUCAGAAGGCUCAGGAGGUCACAUGCUGGUUGGAUCAGGCCUAUCAGGAGCUGAUAGAAGGGUGGGACUCCACAGAGGGAGAGAGCUAUGCUGAAAGAUAUCAGGUUUUUCAUACCUUUAUUGUGUCAUUUAAUGAACAACGCCGGCCCGUGAUGCCACUUUUAACAGCAAUGAAGAGGACACCCCAACUCAGUGCUGAGCAGAAAGCUCUCAGAAGAUCAUGGGACACUCUCGCUGAAAAGCUGCGUGAGUACAAAACAGAGCUGGACCUGACUCUCCCAUCACCGCUGGACACUGUGGGCCGCUGGUUGUUGCGUAUUGAAGAGGUUUUAUCUGCUGAAGAGACAGAGCCAAUGGAUCAUGCACGAGCAGCCGAGGAGGCCCGGGAGAAACUGGAGAUAUUGAAGGUGUGUUUGGAAGAGAUGCCUCAUCAUAUCAAGAGGUUUAAUACGUUUCAAAACACUAAUGAGUUUGGAGAGACUCUGGUGCCGACAGACAAGAUGGAAGAGAUGAAGCGAAGGUUCACCAGUGUACGAGUAACCGCUAAAUAUCAUGGAAUUAAGCUGGAGUACCGCGAGCGCAGACACACUGUGAUGGACCUGCUCAAUCAACUUAACGUCAAACUACGAUCUUGGAAAAGAGCUUACAUUUCACAGGAGGCUGUUCGUGUGCUAAUGCAGGACUGGAAUGAGACUGUUAACAAACAGGAACUGACAUCUUUGCUGGACGCGGCUCUCCAAAGACUCAAACUAAUCGCCAACAAAUACACCAGCAAGGCUGCCUUGGCUGGUGACUCGACUCAGGUAAAUCAUCAAGUGGCUGAUCUAGAGGCAGACGUUACAGCUACUCUGGAAGGUGUGCGUAUGGUGAGAGGAACAAUGGGACGUGUGCUGGCUGCAUGGGACUCUUACAGCGAUAUCUACACCUCACUGCGUGCAUGGCUAGAGCAGGGUCCACAUGGCCAGCGACAUGGGCAGAGAACAGAGGUGACCUCAUCAGUGAUGUCAGAAUGGAGUUCUCGCCAAGCUCACCUGAACGAUGUGGCCAGCUACCUGAUAGAGGUCACAGACCCGCAGACUAGCCGCGCUAUUUCAGAUGAACUCUGCAGGAUCAACCUCCUCUGGGCUGACUUUGCUAAAACAUCUCAGUUUUAUUUAGCUGAGGAGCCCCGUGCUGCCCCUUCCAGCCCUCAGACAGUUCAAGCACUGAUGAGAGAGGCCACUCAGUUACUGAAAGAACCUGUAGAGGUGGUUUCUGGAUCACUUCGUACCUACACUAAGAGACUACAGCUUAUGAUGAAGAAAAUAAAAGAUGUGGAUUUAGAAGCUAUAAUCCCAUCAUUAGACUGCUCUCCAGAAACUUUGAGCAAACUUCAACAAGCUAUUCCUGAAGUAUUGCAGACACUCUGUGAGGCUGAACAGGUGUGUGAUGAGCUGCGUGUGAGUGUCAGUGGGUUGGAUGGGCGUCUUGCUGAACUAUUACAUUGGGAGAUGGAAGCCAGAGAACUUUAUCAUCUCCUAAAGAAGGAAAUACACAAGCAGAAAAGAGGACAAGUCCCACAGGCUCGGGUGUUAAUUUCAAGAGGGCUACAGUUAGAGGGUCAGGUGGUUAUGGAGGAGCAGGAUCUGCAAGUCAUGGUCAUGAGUUUUCAGAAGUCUUCACCGUUGCAGUAUCUCAUUGCAUCCACCAUGCAGGACAGGGUUCGUGCUGCUGUUGAAAAGUCACAGGAAGCUGUAGGGAUGCUCAGCUCUUUGGGGUCUUGCAGAGACAGAAGCCCUUCCAGAGACCAGCCCCCUUCAAAGAUAUUUGUCCUGUAUCAAGAGGCCGAGAAAGAGUCCCAAACCUCUCAAUCGGGAGCCACUAGCCAACCAGAAACCCAGCCCACAGUUAGGGCAAAAGUCCCAAUAUCUUCUCAGAUGCCCUCAGAGGUACCUUCUGUAGUCCUCAAGACCCAGCAGUGUAGUCAGCCUGUACCUAUGAUUGUUGUACAAGACUAUGAAGCGGAGAAAGGUAGCCCACAAUCACAAAUACACCCCUGUGAGCAGGAAAAAGACUGUCAGUCCAUUGAGCUUAAGUCACAAAAAGUUGUCGAAGCUCAAGCAAAAAGUCACAUAGUCAAAGAACAUUGUGUAGAAAGUCAGACAACACAACAGCUGGCAGAAAACCAGAGACAGGUGCAAGCUCCAAUACCCAGCCAACCUUCACAAAAUCAACAAAAAGUAGCAUCUCAAGGUCAUCAUGAACAACAACUAACAACACAGGCACAUGUGCAGAUCCAACAACAAGAUAAAACUCAAUCUUCAAAACAGCAAAUGGUUCAAGGAUUAAUGUCAACACAGCCACAACUUCAGGACCAAUUAGAAGCACAACCACAGAAAGACAUUACAGGUCAAAAUCAAGCUCCAAAGCAGAAGAGGAAAUCUAAAAAGUCCCAGGCAAAUCUGCAGAACAGGCCUUGGCUACAACAGAGGAGUCAAUUGGAAAACGUUACCCCCAAAACAGCUCAAGAGGUCCCACAGUCUCAGCCAAAACCAGUGUACAAAGGCCAAAUAAGUUCUCAAGCACCACCACAGCAAAUAGUUGCUGUUAGCCCUACAGAAGCUCAGGGACCUCCUCAAAGCAGUGUGACAGCACAGCCAAAAUAUGUUGUUGAGAGUGAUGAGAAGUGCCUGAAGCAAAAUCAACCUGUUGCACAGGAGAAGGUGACACAAAGACUAGCUCAAACUGAGCCAGUAGUACCCGCACAACCAAUGACACAAAAACAACCACAACAGUCAAUGACUGUUACAAAUCAUCAAGUUCUAAGCCAACCUCAACCUGCUAUAUUAACUCAAGCCCAAGCAGCUUUAAAAACCGCACAUGCUGCACCUAUUCAACAACAAAAACAACCUCACAUGGUGAAAUCACAGCAACCUGAUGUGAUGAUCCCAAAACAAGCACAACCUCAAUUCAUGACUCCCAUGCAGCCACAAGUUAUGCCCCAAUGGCAGCCUCAACAGACCAUCCUUCAGUCUCACCCUGCAGUACCACAACCACAAAGAUUUACAGUGGCCCAAGCAAUGCCCCAAGGUAUUUCCAGACCAGUCCAGCAGUACCCAACACCUCCCAUGCAACCACAAAUGAUUAUGCCGAGGCAACAGUCACCACAUGGAGCAGUGCAAACUCAGUCACAAAUACUCCACAGUCCGACGGUACUUGCCCCUCAAUCCAAAGGUGCAUCCCCCAUACAACCCAGAAUCAUCUCUAUGCCUCAGUCUCAGAUGCCUGUUCAAACUCAGACCCAACCUCAGCUGAAAGCACAGGGAAGUGCUCCACUUAUGACUCAACCUGAAGGGCAACCACUGUGGUGUCCACCCCGAGAUGCCACCCAAAAUUACCCCAAAAUUCAAGGACCAGUUUCUGCCCAAAUGCAGCCUCUGGCUCAUUUCCAAACUCAUCCCCAACCUCAAAGCUUCCCUCCAGCCCAACCUCAGCAAUGGUCACCAACAAGACCAGGCAUUGUAGCCCAGACCUAUCCCACUGUUCCAGGUCAGGCAGUACAACCCCAACCUCAAUUAUCUGUUUAUCCUAAAACCCAGCCACAACCACAGCCUCAGCAAUGGCUCUCUCCAAGACCUGAAUCACCUUGGGGUCAAUCACAGAUAAGACCUCAAGGUCCAGUUCAGCCUUGGAGGCCAGUCAGUCCAGAGAGUGUCAGCCCAGUAUACCCCAGGGCUGAAACUCAAGGGCAAGGACUACAUCCUCAGUCCCAAUAUCAACCCCUACCAAGGCCACAAAGCCCUCAACGGCAGUGGGGUCCAGUCAGGACAGAACAUCAGUUUCAAGUUUCUUCCCAGACUACAUUACAUGGAGUUCCCCAUCCAAUUGCUCCAUGGAAUCAGCCAACUGUUAAAGCUCCCAUAAGACCUCAGAGUCCACAACAGCCCCAGCAAAGCCAGCAACAGUGGGGUCCAUCCAGGACAGACGCCCCAUCUGAAUCCCUCAUCCAAAGCCAAGCUUUCCAGGGAGAAUUUCAGCCCCAAGAUCUGACAAAGCCACAAUUGCCAGUACAGGAACCACCCCAACAGCAGUCAACUCCUCGGGUCAAGCAGCCAGCGCUUGCCCAGGCCCCUCCUCAAGCCUAUACUGAGGCUUAUAAAAAGGCACAGGCUCUAGUUAGGGACAGAUUUGAGGAAGCCAAGCAUUGUCUUCAGGAGCACAUUCUUGAAGCUAUCAGUGUAUUUAAGGAUAAGCGAAUGACGGAUGAACAAGUGUCGGUUAAGGAGGAGACUCUCAGAUCUCUGGACCCUGAGCUCCUUGAAGAAUUCUUGAGGGCUGCAGAAGGCAUGGAAGCUUUCUGCACCCCAUCUGAACUUAGAGACAUGGAGUUUUUCACACAGUCUGUUAGAACACAGUGGAAGGUUGUUCGACUGGAAAUAUCAGAAUUUGUGAGGCAACUCAGAUUUGAGUUAACCCAUCUGCAUUUUAACUGUUUGGUUGAGGCAUGUGAAAGACACUUUAAGAAGGAAAGACUCAGCUUUAGCCCUGAAUCAAUAGGAGAGGCUUGUUUUUCAACAGAGGGCAGUCUGGCAGAGGCAGGAAAGCAGUUAGAAGCUCUAAAAGAGCUGUGUGAUACUCUGAGUCCUGAAGAUGCACACAGGCUCGCACAAGCUCAGCUCAGAGAAUGUGAGAGACGGCUUGCUGCCAUCCAGCGUCAGUUCAGUGGAGACGCAGAGACACCUGCUCCAGACACUGGUUCACAAACUGAGCAAGCAAAAGAGCCACAAACUCAGAAAGCACCGACAAUCCCACCACCUGUUGAGAAGCCCAAAGAGGUUAAUAUCCCUGAGGGUGUUAUACCAGUUAGCCCCCAGCGACCGAGAACUGUGGAGAAGAGAGAGAUAGUGAAACAAACGAGUACAGAAGAGGACAGGUACCGUAGCUCCAGAUUCGCAUUACAGGGUCAGCUAAAUAGAAAUGAACAAUGCAUGCUGGGAGAUCAUCCCUCAGAAUCAGUCACUCCUACAGACCUGCAGAAACGACUGAGAGAAUUAAAGUCUCUGUGGGACGAGACCGAAUCUCUGUGGAAAGAGUAUGAAACGAUGUGUAUGCAGUGUGUUCAGUACAAUGAGCGAGCAGUUGAGCAGGACCGCAUGGAGCUCACCGUCCGGUGGAGAGAGCAGAAGUCACAGUUACAGGGCAGGGUGGAUUCGCUGGGAGCAGCUCUUGAGCUCAUGGACUCCAUUACGCUGAAGAUUUCAGAAAUUUCUGAAAAACUUGACAAGUUCAUCAAAGAGCCCAAAGACAUCAAGGGAUAUACACUAGCUAAUCCUGCAAUUUUGAGAGAUGUGAAGGACUUAGAUGAAAGUAUCCAGACAGAGAUGGAUCGGCUGUCUCGAUUUGACUCCGAGCCCAGUCACCUAGAGCUGCGGGACCGUUCUCCUCUGACCCAGGUGGUUCUGAACCACAGAUCCAGCCUGGAUCGUCUCAGACAACAGGUGCGCAAGAGUGACGCCGCUGCCCGUGCCCUCGACCGCUUCCUCAUGUCCCUUCGCACAGUGGAGCUUGACGUCACUUCUGUGCUCAGCGCCCCAAGCAAUGAUUCCAUGGUGCUGCAGGACAGCAGGUCCAAGCUGGCACUCAUCAGAAAAGGAGUCAGCAGCCUUAAGGAUAAAGCACCACAGCUGGACCAGUUAUUGGGUGGAGCACAGCUGGAGGUGACCCAGGACGGGAGCCCUGUCUGCUGUCUGGACAUGGUGGGUGUCCUGGUUCACAAGGUGGAAGAGGCAGAUGAUCGCUUAAUGAUUCGACAGAAUGAAAUCCAGAAGGAACAGCAGAAUCAGGGACUUGGUCUGAGGAGGAAGACCAUGCAGACUGAGCUGAGGAAGGUGCAGGGGGCAGCAGAAAAACAGGGUCUGAAGGAUCCCACCAUGCCAGCUGUGCAGCACAGGAUACGAGCACUGUCUGAUCUGGAAUUGCAGCUGAACUGUCUUCGUCCUGAAUACGAAAGCAUAAAAGUGGCUGUGUCUGAACUGUCAGAGAACGAGAACCCUGAUCCAGCAGAAGAAGAGCUGGACUUUCUUUGGGAAGAGACUGAGAGAGCUGUAUCUGACAGAUUAGAACAAUGCACUGUUCUCAUGGAACUGCUGAAGAAGUUUCAGAACUGCCGCACUUACCUGACCAACACACUCCAGAGGGCAGAGCAAACAAGCAGCGAGCAGGCAUCAUACAUGGGCAAAGACAACCUGCAACGCCUCCUAGCUAAAGUUGUUGGCAUAAAAGAGGAUCUCAAUGGCCUUGGACCAAAAAUGGAGGAGUUCAGAUCUGUGUGCAGGCAGUUGCAGUCUCAGCUGAAGAAAAUUCCUGAUUGCUCAGAAACUCCAUUUGAGACCGAGGCAGAUGCUUUGGUGGAUUCAUGGCUGGAUGUGUCGGAGAAGACUGACGGCUAUCUGGAUAAUCUGCGUGUGGGUCUGGAGUUGUGGGAGAAGCAGCUGGUUCUGGGUGGAGAAGUGGAGAGCUGGGCUUCUACUAAACUCAUCAUCUUCUCAGAGUCUCAUCCCUUCAGCAGUGAGGAGGAAGUUCUCAGCAUGAAGAAUGAGAUUCAGUCCCAGGAGGACAAUCUUGAGCACUUCCACAGAAAGUUACUGGAGAUCCAGGAACUGCUGCAGAGCAAGGAAUCUCCCCUUGAGUUACAGGUAAUGGAAACAAACCUGAGGAAAAAAAUGGAGCAGGUGAAGGAACUAUUUACCGACUGCACUGACGUGUUCCAGGAGCUCGUCAAAGUUAAAGCUCAUCUGAUUGAAAAGAUUGAAUCCUAUCAAUCGUCUGUGGAGAAUAUACGCUCCUCUGUAAACAUGUUCAGUUCAGAGGAUCGCUUAGAGCUGGAGACCCAUUUACAGGACUUGUGUGAGCAGCUUCUGGACCAGGAGGAGCAGACUGAAUCUCUGCUGAAGGAAAUCAAUCUCAUGUCUAGCAUUACUGGACCGCAGGUCUUGGAGGAGCUGACCAAUCAGAGCAAGCGUCUCAAAGACAGCAUUGCUGAAACACGGGAGACGAUUCGCCAGAAAAAGGAACAAGGGGAGAAAAGCUUCCUUCAGACUAUUAAAGAAGAGUUUCAGUCAUUUGAGGAAUGGCUGCAGGAUGAGCAGCUCUCUGUCAAUGAGUGUUUUGAGAACCCGGAGAGAAAGCAAGAUGUAGAAACAUCCAUGCAGCGACUGAAAGGUUUCCUGGAAUCUAAAGACGGAGAACAGCGUCUGGCACUGUUGAAGGACAGGUUUGAGAGUGGUGGACAGACGAAAGUCCCUUCUGAGGCUCAAGCUUUGUUCUCCACGUGGCAUCAGGAACAGGAAGGAGAACUGGCCACACUGAGAGCACACUGUCAGGGACGCCAUAAACAGCUAGAUGACAUCCUCUACAACCUCAACAGCUUGCAAGAGGAACACAAUCAUUUAAAGGACUGGCUUCAGCAGAGGGAACAAGUGCCAGAACAGAGAGAAAAACUACGACAAAUCCAAGAGGAGUUUCUUAAAGAAAGCGGUCGUGUAGAGGCAUUCAAUGACCUGUUAUCCACAGUAAGGAUGCGUGGCCUGAGAGGAGACCCUUUCCUUAAAGACAGCGAGACCCUAAUUGACCAAUACCACAGCCUGGGGGUUAUUUUAGAAAAUCAAGCCCAAGACCACAAGACCCUUGAUGCCCAGAUUGAAACAUUCCAAACUAAUGCAGAACAGAUCAGAGCCUGGAUCAGAGAUUUAAAGCAAGGACUCGAACACUUGAGCACUGACACACCAAUGCAAGAAAAAGAUAUGAAGGCUCAGGCUGUUCUUAAUCAAAGCUCUGAUGGUGACGCUAAACUGGUGGCUCUGAAAGGUGAGGGUGUUGCUUUAUGUACACAUGAGAUUUUGGAGGAGACCAGAAGACAAGAACUUGUUCACACACUUAAAAACAUCGAGGAUGAAUGGAAAAGAGUUCUGGAUUUGGCCCAACUCCUAAAACAUCAGGCAGAACUCCAAGACACUCUUCACAGGGAACUAGAAAAUCUACAGGCCCAAGAAGAGAGUACCCAAUCCUGGGUGAGAGAGCAGCUGCAGAUGCUACGCUCCUUGGAGAAGGAACUUCAACCCCAGGAAAAACUCAACAAAUUACUGGCUGUCUUAGACCUUGCUGAUGAAGCUGAUUCCAGAUUGGCCAGUUUACAGAGGCAAGGACAGAGUUUAUGUUCUUAUAAAGAGCUUGACACUGAGAGGAGGAGUCACAUUGACCAAACCCAUAGAGCAAUAGAGGAGGAGUGGAGGAAAGUGCUGCAACUUGCUCAGGAGCUUAAGAACCAGGUCAAGCAUGAGGAAUCUCUCAACAGAGAGUUACAAAGCUUUUGUGAUCAGGGAGAAGAGACUCAAUCCUGGGUUAGACAGCUCAGAGAGACCUUGGAGACCCUUCAUAUGACAUCUUCUAUUCAAGAGAAGCUCAGUGGUGUUGAGGCAGUACUUGCUCAUAGAUCUGAGGGGGACUAUAAACUUAGUGACCUAAAGAUGAAGGGAGAGAGUCUAUGUUCCUAUGAAGAUCUACAGGAGGGUAAACGCCAGACAAUCCAACAGACAUUACAAGAAGUAAUGCAAGAGUGGACAGAAGUUUUGUUAAAUGCUCAGGAGUUGAAGAACCAAUCAGAACUUGAGGAGUCUCUUUGUAAGGACCUUCUGGAUCUUCAAGAACAGGAGGAGAGCAUUCAAUCUUGGAUCAAUGAGCAGCAUCUUAAGAUCAAAUUGCUAGGUGAAGAUACUCAAAUUCAGGAGAAAAUGAAUGGAGCUCAGGGCAUCCUGAACUCAGAAUCAGAAGGAGAUUAUAAAAUAGCCACCCUGAGAAGAAAAGUGGACGGUUUGUGCUCUCGAGAAAACCUGAGCGAGGACAGAAAACAGGAAGUCCAGCUAAACUUGAGGUCAGUUGAAGAGGAAUGGAAGAAGGUCUUGGCUGGUGCUCAGCAACUAAAGAACCAGGCUGAGCUCCAGGAUUCUCUUGCAAGGGAGCUUCAGACUUUUUAUGCCCAGGAGGAGAGCACCUGGUCCUGGGUGAGGAACCAGAAGGAUGUCCUGUACUCACUGGGGGAAAACACUCAUGGUACACAAGACCAGCUUGAAGAGAGACUAAGCAGAGCACAAGCUAUUCUAAGUCUUUACUCUGAAGGCAACUCCAAGAUUGCAGACCUGAAAAAGACAACGGACCAUCUAUAUAGCCGUGACGAUCUUGAUGAAGAUACUAGACAUUCUCUUGUUAAUAAAAUGAAAAACAUAGAGGAGGAGUGGAAGGCAACACUACAGCAAGCACACAAACUGCAAAGUCUUCUGAAAGGUUUAGUAGAGCGGCUGGUAUCCUGUCAGUGUCAGAAGGAACAGCUUCAGUCUCGUCUGGAGCAAGUCAAAGAGCAGAUAUCUGCUCUUCCAAGGCGCUUCCCCUGGCCUGGUUUAGGGGAUCGAAGACACACAGUGGAGCAAGCAAAGAGUCUGCUGGACCGCACCAGAGCCCUGAACCCAUCUCUGUCUGCUGUCCGAGCACUCGGGAGGGAAAUGAGCCAGCUGACCCGUGACUCCAACUGGAUUGAUCCAUCAUGGGCCACUAUGGAGGAGUGCAUACCUGUCUUAAUCAAAGAACUUACAGAGUUUUGUGUAAACCUUGAAGAGGAAAUCCGGAGGGAGCGAGUUUGUGCUCAGUUGGUUGAGCAACACACCAUGGCUCAGGAUUGGCUGAGAGAGCAGGUCAAAUGUUUUGGUGCUCUGCCCACUGAACGCCAUGGGUUACAGGGCUCCAUUAACACUCUUAAGGCUCUUCUUCAGACUGUAGACAGGGAAAAGAGAGAAAUGAAAGAGCUGAAUGCUGUUAAAGAUUCUCUGAUGGACCUUUGCACUCCAGGAGGUUGUGAUGCCCUGACCUUAGAGGUCAGCCAUCUUCAUGACCUCUGUGUGUCCUCGGAGAAGGAGAUGAGGGAACGGUUAGCUGUGUGUGAGGCCAGAUUGAAUGAUAUUGACCGCAGGCUUGCUGGAAGGGCACAGAUCCUCAGGGAGCAGGCAGAGGGCCUCUUGGAUGAGCUACGUGCUCAGGACCACUCUUUAGGAUUUCUGGUGGCUAGCCAGAACAUUACCCAGCUACAGGAGAACUGGCAUAGCUUCAAGACCUGUGAGAGAGACAUUGAGGCUUUAGAAGGCAAAGUCCGUGACCUUGGUCAGGCUCUCAGAACGGUCCCGAUAGAUGAGGAACCCCCUAGUGAUGUCAUUUCCAUAGUGGACACAGUUACACAACAAUAUUGCAGUCUGCGAUCGAAACUAUCAGAGAGGCAGAAUGACUGCGCAGACAGCACUGUGCAGUGUGUGAGACAGGCCUUACAAAACAUUCAGUCAUGGAACCAGAUGGCAAAUGCAAAUCCUCCAACCAGCUCAGCCACAUCCAUGCAGACUGCAAUUGAGGAAGGAGCAAAACUGCGUAAAAGCCUACAGGUGGCACUGUCUCAUAAAGAACUGCUGAGGGACUGUCUAGGCCCUGACUUGGCUGGAAAGCUUGAAAGAGAUGGCCUAAAAACACUAAGUGAAGCAGACGCUUACAUGAAUGACAUCAAACAGGAACUUAGGAAUCUUCAGGAGAAGGUUGAGCAGGAGGCUCUGAGGUUGUCAUUAGAGGCUCAAAACAUUCAGGUUCACUCACAGGUUUCAACUGUGACACCAUCAACAAAGGAGUCUGAUCAAUUGGAAUUAGUUUCUUUUUCAUCUUUUAUUAAUGAAAGCUGCAAAACAACGGAUUACAGCGAACAGGCUAAGGUACAGCUAUCUGAAAGCCUUGACAGCAAUAUACCUACAUGUGUUAUAUCAGAAACUACAACAGAAGCAGAAGUUCAUACUGCAAGAAUAUCACCACCAAUAAUAGAGAAAGAUGUUAAAACAUCUAUACCACAGAUUGCCACAGAGCUGCUAUCUGAAUCAGACACAAAUGUUUAUGAAUCGGAUGUUCCUGCUAGCAGCUAUGGAGCUAAUGAAGGUGAAAAUGAGAAAUUAAUUUCUGUUGCUUUGGAAACAAAGGCUGAUGAGAAUGCAGAUAAAGAGAUGCCCACUUCCUCAUGCGCAGCUCCUGAUAGCUUGGAAACCACAGUUCAAGACACAGACAUUUGGAGCCGUGGAAUUACAAGUCUGAGUGCAAAUGGACAAGAAAGUCAGAUGUCUUUUGAAGUUGUGGGUUCAGACUUUUUUGCUGAAAGAGUGGAGGGUGAGAGCAUCCAAGCAGUGAUUGCAGAGCCGAAUAAAGAGGAAGAAGGCUCAUAUAUUUCACAUUCUUUAGAAGAACCUGUUAGAGAUAGUGUAGCGCAAACCAAAAAGGUUGCUUCGCUCAUUUUAGAUGAAGAUACUGUAUGCAUACAGAGUUUAGACAUACCUCCAGACAGUAAUAUUGCGAGGACAGACUCUGCUAGUGCCAUGGUAAAUGAGAAGACAGUGAGUCUUCAAACUAUGGGAAAACAAGAUGAAGAAUCUUUGGCCCCUAUAGAAGCUGAAAUUUCUGAAAGGGCAAUAGAAGCAAUCCCCUUGCCAUAUUUUCCUAAUGAGGCUGGUGUCAUCAGUUUAUCAGAAAUUAGUUCUACAGUAGAAGCAAAACAGCUCACUGAUAUAGAUCCUAACAGAGAAGUGCAAACACCUGCUGAAACACAAGAUAGCGGAGAUGCUGCUUCAAGAGGUAUUGGAACAUUUUCCUCAGACAAUGGACCAAAUGCUACAAUUGCUGACAGUGAGGGCAGCUGGACUACAAAUAAUGGCCCCCGUGAAAUCCAGCGUCGAUAUAUUAUUCUAGACUUGCCUGAGGGGGUGGAAAUGCAGAGACAUCACGCUCAUGAAGGUACAUCUUUAAGUGGAUCCAGCGAGACACAGAUUCAGGGAUCAGGACAUUCAGUAGCAGAAAGAAUGGAGACAGAAGAUGAGGCAGAAUCUGCUGAAACUGAAACAGGUGCUUUAGUCAGCACAAACACAGUUUUGGAAGCACCAGAACAACAUAAAACAAUUGAAGCAGACCAAAACCUAUCAACAAGGCAAGUUGAAGAAGAUAUGCAUGUAAUUCUAGAUAAAGACACAAGAAAGACCCCAUCAAUGGAUAAAGAACGAUUUAUAGAAACUGAUUCUAAACUUAAACCUUCAGUCAAACAACCAAAUGAGGGAGAAACUGAGGUUCAAACAAACAAGGUGGAUAUCUCCGUAACACCUGAAAUGAAACCUGAAGGUAAUAAGGCCAUUGAUGUCAUUUUAGAAGCAGACACAAUGGCUUCAUCAGGUGGUAAAGCAAAAUCCACAGUUAUUGAACCUAAACUAACACCUCUGUUUCAGCAACUGACUGACAGGGACACUGAGAUACAGUCCAAAAGAAUGAAUGUCAUAAUGACACCAGAAGAGACAAACAAGGCCCCAUUAGUUGAUGAAGCACAAAUCAUGGAAUCGAUACCUAAACUGAUGCCUCCUGUCAAACGACAGGAUAGUAAAACUGAUGUCCAGUCAAACAAGAUAAAUGCAUCAAUGCAAGAGGAAAAAGCUGAAAAUGAAAAAGGGAUGGAAGUCAUAAAACAAGAGACCUCAUCAGGUGUAAAAGCACAGUCCAUAAAAGUUAAACCUACAGUCAUGCAAUGGAAUGAUCAGGAAACUGAGAUCCAGUCAAAACAGUUGUAUGUUUCACAAGAUGGAAAGGCUAAAGAUGAACAAACUAUUCAGAUUGCUGAGGAAAAAGAUAUGUAUAUGACUCCAUUAUGUGAAAAGACUCAUUCCAUAGAAGCCGAACCUAGACCAACUCCACCAGUAAGACGGAAGAAUGACAAUAAGGUUGAUGCCCAGUCUUACAAGAUGAAUAUCUCAACAACAUCAGAGGAUAGACCUGAAAAUGUAGAGACCAUGGCUCCAUCAGAUACUAAAACAAAAGCUUUAAAAGCAGAAUCUGAACCAACACCACCAGUCAGGCAAAGGAAUGAGGGGAAAACUGAUGUCAAGGAACAAUUCUCAACAACUCCAGAAAAGACACCUGAAAGUGGGGACACUGUUCAUAUGACUAUGGAGGAAAUAAAUAAGUCAACAUCUGCUGAUGAAGCACAAUCAAUAGAAACUGUAACCAAACCAACACCACCAGUCAGACGGCAAAAGGAUGAUGAAACUGAAGUCCAACUUGACAUGGCGGAUGUCACACCGACACCUCCAACCAGGCGACGUAAAGAUGAUAGGAUGUCUUUGAACCUUGAAUCACAAAUACAGGGCGAAGUUCUUCCCACCCCACCAAACAGAAGACGUAGAGAAAAAUUGAGAAGUGACAGGUUUUCGUUUGAUAUAGAGUCCCAGCCCACACCACCAGCAAGAAGGCGUAGAGAUGAUAGAAGAUUAUCACUUGAUUUAGAGACCCAACCCACACCACCAGGAAGACGAUGCAAAGAAAAAGACGAUCAAAGAUUUUCACUUCAACUGGACACUCAACCAACACCACCAGCAAGGCGGCGUAAAGAGAAAGAACAACAAAGAUUGCCCGUUGAUCUGGAAAUUCAACCUACUCCACCAUCAAGAAGACACAAGACUAAGCUUGGUAGUGAAACAUCAUCUUAUAGUGAUGUGAUGAAAAGUAUGGAUCUCCAAACUGUUGAAGGUAAAGACUGUGAGGAUCGAAGACUAUCAACUGAUCUGGAAACUCAGCCUACUCCACCAUCAAGAAGAUACAAGACUAAGCUCGGUAGUGAAACAUCAUCUUAUAGUGAUGUGAUGAAAAGUAUGGAUCUCCAAACUGGUGAAGAUAAAGACAGUGAAGAUCGAAGAUUAUCAAUUGAUCUGGUACCUCAACCUACUCCACCAUCAAGAAGACAGAAGAGUAAGCCAGAAAGUAAAACAUCAUGUUAUAUUGAUGUGAUGAAAAAUAUGGAUCUCCAAAUUGGUGAAGAUAAAGACAGCAAAGAUCGAAGAUUAUCAAUUGAUCUGGAAACUCAACCUACUCCACCAUCAAGAAGACAAAAAAGUAAGCCAGAAAGUGAAACAUCAUGUUAUAGUGAUGUGAUGAAAAGUAUAGAUCUCCAAACUGGGGAACAUAAAGACAGUGAAAAGUCAAUCGUUAAACCAACUCCACCUGUCAGACGCAAAAUUAGUCCGGCAGAAAGUGAUGUAACGUUGGCGAUUUGCAAAAAACAAGAGGAAAUUGAAACCAUUGUGAAGCCAACACCACCAACAAGAAGAAAAGAUAGCAAUGAAAUAAUUCCAGGCAGUUCAAAGCUGAAAGACGAACCAACUCCAUCUCUGAGGCGGAAAGACAGCCAAGCAGAGACUGAAAUGGUUUCCAUUGUAAUGGUUGAGGACGUUCUACCAACCCCACCAACCAGGCAAAAGAAAGAUCAACUAGCUGAGAAAGAUCCAUUAAUGGCAGAAGAGCCACAGGUCAUACCAGGUUCAACAACAAAUUCAGAGAGUGAAGAUGUUUCUGUGUGCACAAAAAUGGAAGUGGAAGCUGAUGUUGAACCAAUUACUAAACAGGAAGAUGAAGAUGAGUUAAACCUAGAGCCUUUAAUUGGUCAGAGGCAGCAUGAGGAAAGGAAGGACUCUGAUACAUUACUUCCAGAACCCAUCAGUCAAGCAGAGAUCAUCAAUGAAUCUCAGCCACUGGAUCAAGAUUUGGAUGCUUCUCCCCAAUCUGGUCUUUCUACUGAAAUCAUUGAGAGUUCAGCCAAGGAAAAGGAUGAGCCUGAGGGACCCACAAUGAAGGACAUCUUCACAGAGAUUCAACAAAUGACUGAAAAAGGACCAAACAAUGUACUCAUGGAGGGCCUACCAUAUGAAAGUACAGAAAAUCUCUUUGACACAUGCAGCACUGAUCUUGAGGCUCGGUUGAAAAGGCUAGUGUUCCAUUUACUCGAACUUCGAUCAUGCCCAGCUGCUCUAAACUCCACAGACAUGGCCAAGCAACUAGAGGAGGCAGAGGAAUGUAGAAAGUCUGCCCAGAUACACGUAUCUAUAAUGUCUAGUCAAGACCAGGUUAACGGAGUCAUCAGUGCUGGCACUAAUGGCACAGUUCAUGACCCUGAGGGCAUGCAACAACUAAGCGCCCAGUGGAGUGCAGCUUUGUGGGAUGCAGCAAGCUCUGUCCACUCUAAGGAAGCUCAACUACAGAUUGUUGCAGAUUUUGACAGACAGACCCAGAAAGUCAAAGCUACUCUUGAAAGACUCCGAUCUGAACGUGAGGGACUAAAAACAUCUCCAGCUGUGAGCAGCUUUGCUGAGGAGGAGAGGUUACACACUUUCUUGAGAAGUAUGGAACAGGAAAGGACAGUUCUUGGUGACCUAAUCCAGACUCAUGCUAAACUGUCCCCCCACCUCAGUCUUCCUGAGAAACAGGCCGCAGAAAUACAACAAAACAGCUUGCAAAACCAGUGGAGGGCGCUGGAAAAGGAUGCAGAGAUUGCUCUUUAUAUGGUUACUGCCUAUGCUAAGGAAAGUGGGAGUCUUCUUCAAGAGGUCAGUGCCUUAAAAGACCAUCUUCAGGACACUCAAAAGACCUUGGAUGCUUUGAAAUCCUCACCAGUUUUAUGGGAUGGCAAAAGAGCCCAAGAUAAUAUGAAGAUAAAUGCUGAUCUCACUUCCUCCCAUCAGCAGUACCUCCACUUUCAGCAGACUUCAGAUAUGCUUGCCCAGAAAUUCCAGUUCAAGGAAGAGGCAUCCAGCAUAGAGCAGCACCUUCAGCAUAUUAAACAUCAGCUGGAUCAAAUGGGUGAACAGUUGGCAUCUGCAACUCCUAUCAGCAGCAAUCCGAUGUUAAAUAAAAUUGUGAAGGUGAUGACAGAUGCUCUAGCUUGGGCCAAGCAGACAGAAUGUGAUGUCAAAGGACGACAAAAAAAAGUAUCUUUGCUUCCAGAAGAAGUCCAUCGACAGAUUAGAGAUUUAAAGAAAUUGCAGUCUGAGAUGAGCUCCAAGAAAACCCAGUUAAAGGCAUUGGUUGAGGAAGUCGGUGAACUGAUUAAUGGCCUGGAUGAGGCUGACAUUUCGAUGGUGAACUCUUCCUUGGCGAAUCUUGAGGAUUUGUCCAAAUCAACUGAGCGAAAACUGGCCGAGGCAGUUCGCGAGAUGGAGUCAGGUCUUCAGACCAGGGAGAAGAUGUCAGAGCAGAUAGCAGAUGUCGAUUCAUGGGUUGUUGGACAUCUCCGGAGGGAAGCGUUGAGAAGAGAGGAUUUUCAAAGCUUGAGUUUGGCAGAUCUGGAUCGCAGGAUGAGACAAAUCCAGGACACUCUUGGAGAGGCAGAAAAGCAGUCUUCUGUCACUGAAGCUCUACUCAUGAAGAGCAAAGACAUUGCAUCAGAGCUAAGUGUCUUAGAGAGUACUGAGCUGAACAAGAAACUCACCAACCUUCAAGAGGACAUCAAGGGUGUUGUUAUAUAUGAGAAAGCAUGCUGUCAAAAGGUUAUAGAUGCUAAACAGAGUCAAGAAUCCUCUCAGAGGAAAGUAUCAUCUCUCGAGUUCAGUCUGAGACAAAUGUUAGUUGAUGUAAAGAGACACAGGUUUCCUGUUACUAAGGAUUCACUUUCUGUCAUUGAACCCUUUAAACAAAUGAUUGUGGAGCGUAAAUCUCAGGUCGAGCAAGUCAGUCCAUGUGCAGAGGACAAGAGAAGAGAGCUAUUAUGUGUUAUCAGUGAACUGCAUUAUAAAAUGAUUGAUUUGGAUCUCAAAGCACAAGCUCACGAAAAAUACUUGAGCCUCAUCGAGCAUGUUGAACAACUUAAGGAAGAAAUGGAAGCUCAGAUUCCCAGGACCAAGGAUGAGAGCAUUAACAAAGAGGAACGCUACAGAGCUUGUCAGACCCUACUGAUCCAUAUUCCUUUAAUAAGACUCUUGUGUGAGGAAACAAGAGAUGAACUCCAUGAAAUCAUAGCAGAUCUUUAUCCAUCUCAGCUGUCCGCUGAACAAAAAAGACUCAAGCAAAUCCUAGAAGGUAUCCGAACGUCAGAACUGGCAGUUAACAACAAUCUUCAGAUACUGGAGUGGGACCUGCUGAAACAAAUUCACUACCCAUCAGAAAAGACAGUAUUGCAGCAGUUUCUCAAAGACACCAAUGAAGAGCUGGAAAAGCCUUAUAGUGUUGAACCAAAAGACAGAGUGAUUGAAAAACAACUAAGAAAGUUCAUUGUGCUCAAAAGGAAUGUUGAAUCGCGUAUAAGAGUGCUUGAGUUUCUUGAAAAAAAGAUUGGAGCUCAACUUCCAGAGGACUCCACACUUACUUACAUGAAAGAUAUGAUUUUGCAAAAGUGUGAUCAACGAAUGGUUGGUCUAACUGAAGCCAAAGAGCUCUUGAGGAACUACACCAAAUCAGUAAUAAAUACUAUUCGGUUCCUCCAAAGAGCCGAGUUGGUCCUUCUUCCCUCAAUCUGCUCUGCUAGGAGCUGCUCUGAAAGACUCAAAGACACUCAGCAGGCUUUACUGACUCUAGACACAGAGUUCCAGUCACAUAUUUCCCAGCUUCAAUCUCAAAUCCCGCAGCAUCCUUGCUUCAAGCCAAAUGAAACUGAAUGUCUUCACACAGAGGUUCUAAGCCAGCUACUGGUCAGGAUAUCAAGCCUCAAGGCCCAGGCCCUGAUUCAGCUAGAAUCUCUAAAGAGGUGUGUCGAGUGCCAAAAACAUUCUCGGAAGUGCUAUGAGGAGCUUUGCCAGCAAGUGAGAGACUCUGAAACACUGCUAUCGCAAUGUGCUUCCAAAAAAAUUACUUCACACAAGGACUGCAAAGAUCAGCAACUAAAACUCAAGGCUCUAGUGGAAGAUGUUGCUACGCUUCCUGGAAAACUGGAGAAUCUGAGAGAGUGGUGUUUAUUGUAUGGGUGUCGAGCCAACCGGGAAGAGGCAGCAAGUGCCAUCUGGGGGCAGGUAGCAAGAUUGCAGCGUUGUGCUGAUGAUCUGCACACACGCUCAGAACAAAUGGAAGCAGAGUGGAGCAAUGUCACAAGGAGUGUGGAGCAUGCAGUCGCUGUGAUGGAGCAGGUGUCUGCUGAACUUCCAGACAGCAACAAAGAUAAUAGGACUGCUGAUGAGCUCCAGGAACUUUUGCUAUUCUGGUCUCAGUACCAGGACAGACUGGACUGUGAACACAGAGCAGUCUCUGCAUUGGAAUUAAGAGCCGCAAGGUUGCUUGGUGUUCCCCCUUACCUGGAACAGGCCCCAUCCAUUGAGCUGUGCCAACAACUGCAGGCCCUACAGGAGCGAUACCAUAGUCUGAAGGAGAGGAGCACUCAGGGUCAGAGGACAGUAAGAACAGAGGUGGAGGAGAGGGAACGAGUGCAGGAGCAGCUGGAGGGAGUGAGAGAAUGGCUGGAUUCUGCUGUCUCUCUCCUUUCUGUGCUGGAGCAAGAACCUAGCAAGAAACAGCUCCAGGAGGUUCACUCACAGCUGUGCACCCGGAAGGCUGUUCUGCAGCGUAUUUCAGAAAGCUUGAAGAUGAUGUACUCUGACAAAAACACAUCAAUUCCCGAAGAGAUAGAGGGUCUAUUACAGGAAGUCUCACAGUCAUUACAGGAAGUGGAGGAGCAGGUGAAGACAGCCAUUGAGAAAAGUGGCCCACUUCACAGGCUGGGUGCAAAAAUCUCAGAGAUUAAAGCAGGUCUGGGAUCAGUUCAGAGCUGGUUGGAGCAGAAGAGUCUGAACUUUCCUGAAGCGGAGGUCACACAGAAGCGAGUGUGGGAUGAGCUGGACGGUUUACAUACUUGUCUGGCUGCAGUCGAGGUGGAGCUGCAGGAUGUGAGUGAAAUGCAUCCAGACGAGACGCGACUGAUUCUGGACAACCUGGUCAACUCACAGCAGACCCACACACGCCUCACCAAACAGGCCGAACAAAGGACCACCUUCCUCAGCAAGGUGCGAGACUGGCUGCAGGAGCAUGAUGACAUGGUGAAGGGCUCACAGAGCUGGAUCUCAGAGGCUCAGUCUUGGCUUACGACACCUUGCACAUACACUACGGCCAGAUGCCUGGACAGUCAUGUGAAUGCACUGCAGAUGGUUUUGGAUGAUUCUGCUCAGAUGAGACGGACUCUACAGGGUUUUGGUGGUGUGCUGACAGAGAUGGGAAGUGUGUUUGAUGUCAGUCCAUUAGAGGAACAGCUCUCCAAUGCAGAUCGACGUGUGGCAGACAUGCAGCACAACCUGCUGGGACCUCUCUCUCAGCUGGAACACGCAGCAGCAGAAGUGGACGCUAUUGAGUCAGAGGUCAAAGUCAUGGAGAAAGAUGUGGCCAAGAUCAAAUCUACACUAACCACCAAAGAGGACAUCAGCCAGGACAGUCUUAAGGCAACUGAAGACCGUAUUGACCUGAUGAAAAGGACAAUAGCUGAGAUCCAGAACUGCAAGGAUGGUCUGUGUCUUCCUGACAAAGCUGAAAAUACACUCCUAGUGUUCAAAAGAGCAGAACUACUGCAGAAACAACUGCUGGAACUGGAACAGUUGGCUCUAGAAUACACCAUUGAGGUGCAGGAAACAUCUGACCGGCCCCUCUGUACCACACUUCUAAGUGCCCCACCACUGAGUGCCCCGCCUCUCAGUGUCCCGCCUACUAUCACUGAGGAAGAGACACAGGAGAGCGGCCAGAUACAAAUUGUGCACGUAGAGGAAGAUGUGUUGAAAAAAUCUGGAGCAUCGCUGAUGACCGUGGAGCAAUCCACACCAGAGCAAAGACUCACCUGGAUCUCUGAGAGGAACAGUGACACUUUGACAGAAACACAGCAGGAGUUUGAGGAAGAGGAGGAGCUCUAUGAGGAUGCAGGAGAUUGGGAGGAAGAUGCUUCUGAGGAAGACAAUGACAUUUAUGAAGACUGUAUGAAAACUGAGGAUGAGGAGUUAACCAUGGAGGUUUCUGCAGAUGUGGUUUCUUCUACAGAGCAGAUUUUGGAGAUAGCAGAAACAACAGAUUCAAAGGUAGAAGUAGAGUCUCCUUCCGCCUCAGGAACAACCACGCCUGAAGCUUUAUCUGAAGUGGACUCUAUGAUGGAAAGCCAGUCUCUCCCUGCAGACAUGGAGCUGGGUGCAUGGAGGGGGGAACAGACGGCACACACCAGUGACACACAAACAUACAAAACAAACAAUCACCCAGAGUCACAAGCCCCUCCCACUGAUGAGGGAGUGGGCGGGGCUUUAGAGCAGACUCAGUUAGAAGAGACCCUCUGGGUGUCUCAGAACUUCAGAAAACCAAGACAAGAGCACCACACACACACACAAGAGCAGUCAGGCACACACGACACACUGAUCACCCAUCCGGAGAAGACAGAUUCAUUGGCUGCAAGCACAUCUUUGGCCGUAGGUGAAGCCGGGGACUGGUCUAGAUGGAUGUCUACUGACGGGCUGCUUCAUGUCUGCCGUGAGAGGGCUGAGCAGCUGGAGGUGUGUCUGCACAGAGCACAGGUCAGCCUGGAGGACUCGAGACAGCAAGCGCAGGACUCAGACAUGCAGCACAACAUUGAGCAACAACUGCACACCUGCCAGACGACUCUGGUGGAGAUCGAGCAGAGGAUCUCCAGUCUUCCUCCAUGUGGACUGAAAGAACAGGAGCAACACGAGGCUGAAUCACUCAACACCAAACUCCAGCUCCUGAAGAACAGACUGGUGACGGUCCAGUUACAGCUGCAGGACAGACACAGCAACCAUCAGGUGUGUGUUGAGAGACAGCGUCCCCUGCAGGCCCGGUUAACCAGAAGUGCGAGUGUGCAAGAGAUGCUGAGCUCCUCCAGAACUAAACUGUUCAGACAGAGUAGCCUUCAACAGCAAAGGGAAUUGGAGCAUGGUUUAAAUGAACAGAGGGAUCUAACUAAAGCUAUCGCAAUUCAAGGCAGCAGAACCCAAACACACAACCAGACCACAGAUGAGCAUACUGGCGCCUUGGCAGCAAAUGAGAAUGACGACAAGAGAGAGGAAGAAGAGCUAGCAGUUCACAGGAAGUGGACACACCUCUGUAGCAGACUGAAGGCAGAAGAGACUGAGCAAGAUCAUGGAGAUAACAAUCAAGUUGAAUCUGAGAUUCUUGGGCCAUCUGUGUGUUUGUGGAGCGGAGAUGCUGUUUCUCUCUGCCUGCAGGAGAUUCAAUCCAGCAUCACACAACUUAAAGAACUGCAAAGCUCAGCAGCAACACAGGAUCAUCAGUCUCUGGAUGAAGUUCUGUUUGAAGUGUUGAGUGGAGUGAAUCUCACUCUCCGUUCCCUCACACACACCCUCGUGUUUCAGCCAGCAACCUCUCAUACUGACACAUUGAACCAGCUGCAGCAGCUACAGAGUUUAUCUGUAGAGCUGAUCUCCUUAGAGUCCACAUUGAGCUCUCAGGGGUCAGAGAUCAUGAAGUUAUUAGUUUCAAGUUCAUCGGUAUCAGAGACAUCCACCUGUUUUGAUCUGCUGAUGCAGCAUGUGUGUGACAUUCAGAAGACUCUGGCUGAGAAACAGGAGCAGCUACAGGAGAGAAUAAAACACACAACUCAGCAUCAGAAAAAAGCAAAAGACCUGCAUGACUCAGUACUAACUAACACAUUGAUCCUUCACUCUACAACUAAUGGAGAAAUCCACCAUGACCUUUACACACAGCUGCAGGCUGUCACCAGGCAGAAACAAGAAGUGGAGCAGACUGAGAAAGAGCUGGCAGAACUCAGAGAUGAGACAAAGAGUGGAGAUCAGCCUUCGUCCCUUACACAGCAGAUCAGCACACUGGAGGAGGUGUUGGAGAGUGUUUGGAGUGAUCUAGAGCAGCGCUGUGGAGCUCUGCAGUGGACACUUGAUCAGCAGCAGAUGAGCCGAAAAAUACUGAAGGCUCUGCAGAUGCUAUUGAAUCUUGGAAAAGAGAAACUCACCAGCAUGCCUCAAAUAGAGCUUGGAAAUACAGCACAACUACAGACACAACUCAACACACACACGUCGUUUUUCCAAUCUCUGAGUGGCCACCUGAGGAGACUUCAGCAACUGAGUGUACGGAUGCCACACAGCGCCUCCUCUGGCUGGGAGACUGAAGUGUCUGAGAUUGAAUGUCAAGUUUCCAGUGUUUUACAGCAGGCUCAGGCUGUGGGUACAUUGCUGCACUCAGCACUGCAGGUUUGCUCUCAUUGGGAUGAAAACCAGUCAUGGUUAGAAACACUUCUGGAGAGGUUAGAGACUCAACUUCCCAUGAUGCCUCUGUGGGAGCAAACAGAGGAGCAGCUCAGCCAGAGUACUUCUGUCUAUAAGAAUGUGUUGGCGGUUCUGGAGCAGAACAGAGCUCAGAUCAGUCUGGUUCUGGAUGAAGGCCGCAGACAGCAGGAGCAGGUUUCUAGUAAUGAUGUGGGUGUUCCUGUACACAUAGUGGGUGUGUCUACAGCUAGGCUAGAACAGCGAUUGGCUACACUCCAGAAGAGGGUGGAGAAAGGACUAGAAUCUACCCUCCACCUCAAAAAAAUUUGGAAGAGGUACCAAAGUGAUUCAGAUGCUCUGAAUGAGUGGAUGAGAAGAGCCAGAGAACUGCUGGAUUCUUGGAGAGAUCACAUGACCGCAGGCAAACAGGAAGUGGACGCCCUCUCCCAGUUUCAGCACUUCACAGAGUUUUGCAAAGAGCUAGAGGUGAAAUCAUCCCUGAAGGCGUCAGUCGUCAGUUCUGGAUCUUUGAUCCUGUUGCUUAGUGAAAGAGAGCAAAACACGGAAACACAGAAAAUCAGCAAAAUCACUGAUCCUCCAAGAACAUCCACUCCCCCAGGGAAUACAACAGUCUCUGAAGACCUGCAACCAAGUGAAACUGGCCGCUCUGUAAUUCUAGAUAACAACCCUGAAGAGUCUUCUUCUGUAGAUGUCACUCUUACUCCAGAAACCACUACUUCCUCUAUUCACAACAUCACAGAAGGCACUCUUUCCCCCACAGAGAGAUCAGAGUCAAAUGAAGGUGUCAUUUCUGAGGAACCAACUUCACCUGCAUUUGAUUUGUCAGUAAAACAGGAGAGGGUUUUGUCUCCAGUUCUUCUGACUCUGCAGUUCCAGCUCUCUCAGGUGGAGCAGGAUUGGGUGGAGAUACAGACACACAUACCUUCUGUUCAACAAGGACUCCAUCUGAGUGUGCGGCAGAGUCUCUCUCCUGAAGGACUGCUGGCUGAUGUGAGUGGCUGGAUUACAGGUGCUGAGAGCAGGUUACAGAUGAAUGAAAGUGAGGGUCACAACAUCUGCACUGCAUCAGAGCUCACACACCUGCUCAGAGCAUAUCAGGGGCUGAAGAGAGAGAUGGCAUGUGAGCAGAUGUCUGUUGACUUUAUUAAUCAGUGUGAGCUCAAGCAGGCGGGCACCAGCAGGUACAAACACACUGCGUUUGCUGAAGGACUGGGACACAUCAAUCUGCGCUGGCAAACUCUACAGGCGCAUCUGAACACACAGAUCCAACACACUGAAGAUCAAAUGAGAAUAUUUGCAGAGCGAGAUAACAAACUGCAGCUCCUGCAAUGCUGGGUCAAAGGUCAAAAAGAAUGGAUGCGAUUGGCUGAAAGACCCAUCAGUCACUCCUUCGCUGAAAAGUGUCUAAAGGACUAUGAAGAGCUGGGGGAAAAGUUAAAGGCCAAAUUCUCUGAAAUUGCUGAGAUGAGAAAGCUUGCAACUGAAGAAGAUGACAGAGAUAAAGACUUCCUCUCAAAAGCUAAAAAACUCUCACAAUCUUUGACUGACCUCUGUCAGCAGAAUACAGUCCUUGGAAAUAUCUUGAAGGACCUGUGUAAGGUGUGGUCUCAGUUUGAGUGUGGGAGGAGUCAGGCAAUGGUAAACACAGUGAGGAUUGGCCAAUCGCUAGAGUACUGCCAAGCCCCUUUGCCCUCCCUCUCUGCCCUUCAGCACAACAUUGAUAAGCUACAGGUCAUAAAAGCCGAUACAGAGGAGGUUGACAGGCAGUGGGAGGGUCUUAGCAAGACGAUAUCAACUCUUAUUGGAGGAAUUAACCCAGACUCUGGCCAGAUAUUAUUUCAGCAGCUAGAAAAAGAAAAAGCAAGGUGGUGUGAGAUGAAGGAAAAGGUUAAAGAAACUUUGGAGAGGACACAAAGUCUUCAAAAAGUAUGGCAGAGAUACUCUGACGUGAAGUGCAUUUGCUCAGAGCAGCUCCAGCAUCAUAGAGAACAGCUCUCCACACACACCAAAACACCCGCUGACCAUAAACAACUCGCACACAGCAUCGCAGAGCUGAAGACUGUGUUACAGAAAGGCUCAGAGAUGCUACAGACUGAUGUGAAUGAAAUGCUUGAAGCCUCUAAAGAUGUGAUUGAACAGAUGAAUGAAGAAGAUGCUGUUUUCAUCCGAUCUGAAUGCCGUUUGAUCACACGUGGUUACCUGCAGUUAAAACAGACUCUUACAGGACGAAUUGAACACAUGCAGGAGGAUCUUGAGCAAUUUCAAGAAUUUGAAAGGUUAUUCCAGUCUCUCGAAACACAAUUGCAACGGUGGGAAAGCAAACAGAGGAUGGACAGCGAACACACAGAUAUAUCUCAGUCGGGUCUGAUGGAGAUCAGUUCUCUGUCUCCUGAUCUGGAUCUAUUAAACACACUCAGCUACAGACUGACCCUGAGUGAUCCAAUGACGCAGAAACUGCAGAACCUCAACAGAAAGUGGGCACAGGCUUCUGCACACGCUCAGGAGAAGUGCAGUGAGUUGCAGGCAGCUUCUCUUCAGCAGCAGAGUUUUGAGCAGAGAUGUGAAAGCUGGCUGGCUUUCCUUCAGCGCAUGGAGGACAGUUUGGCUGUAGAAAUCGCAUCAAAUUACACUGGACUUAGAGAACAACAACGCACACACCAGUGUUUUCAGGCGGAGUUGUGUUUAGGCCAUCAGAUCCUUCACUCUGUGAUCAGUGAAUCUCUCCUGCUUCUGCAGAAGGGAGAUGUGGAGGACAGGAGUGACUUCCUGUUAAAACUGGCCCAGCUGAGAGAGCACUGGCAAGGGGCCGUGCAGAGAGCAGCUCAACGGCGUGCUCUAGUGGAGGGGCUCAUACAGCACUGGCAUCUUUAUAGACACACGAUGCAGAAACUCCGAAAACUCCUCACACUCUCACACACACUCCUGUCGCCAGCAGGUCCCACGCAUUGUAGUGUCCUGCAGCUGCGCCUCAUGCUGGAUGAUCUGAAGCGAACAGAGCUGUUGUUUCAAAGGUCAGUCUCUGCAUAUCUGUGUGUGAUGGAGGUGGGCAGACAGCUGUUCUCAGUGAGCGACUUGCAGACACAGACGCAGAUGCAGACAGACCUGGCUGCUUUGCAGGAGGACUGGGAGCAAUGCCAGUGCAUGGUGGGAAAGAGAAAGACUCUCACUUCUGACAUCAUAAAGAAGUGGGAGACCUGUGAGACCCGACUAGCUGAUCAAACCCAGCAUCUAGAGGAGCUACAAUCUAGACUAAAGCAGUCGAUCCCAGAUCAGCAGGAGGAGAUGGAAGAGGAACGACUCCUUGUGAAGGAGGUUCAGGAUUGUUUAGAGGACUGGGCCGUCAGUCUCUCCGAGCUCAGCACCAUGAAGACGGACCUGUCCCAGUACAUCCUGACCGAUGACGUCCUCCUUCUGCAGGAGCAAGUGGAGCAUCUGCACUGCCAGUGGGAAGAGCUCUGCCUCAAAGUGUCUAUGCGUAAGCAGGAGAUUGCGGACCGACUGAAUGCCUGGAUCAUUUUUAAUGAGAAGAAUCGGGAGCUGUGUGAAUGGCUGACACAGAUGGAAAACAAGGUGGCGCAUAGUGCUGAGCUCAGCAUCGAGGAGAUGGUGGAGAAACUCAAGAAGGACUGCAUGGAGGAGAUCAAUCUCUUCAGUGAGAAUAAAACACAUCUGAAACAGCUAGGAGAACAACUCAUCACUGCUAGCAAUAAGGCUAAAGAAACGGAAAUCAAUGACAAGAUCAAGGACAUCAAUGACCGCUGGCAGCAUCUGUUCGAUCACAUCGAGGCCAGGGUGAGGAAGCUGAAAGAGACUCUGGUGACCGUACAGCAGCUGGAUAAAAACAUGAGCAAUCUCCGUACCUGGCUUUCCCGUGUCGAAAGUGAACUGGCCAAACCCGUCAUCUACAGCAUCUGCCACAACGAGGAGAUCCAGCGCAAACUAGCAGAGCAUCAGGACUUGCAGAGAGAUAUUGAACAGCACACAGAGGGUGUAGCGUCUGUUCUGACACUGUGUGACGUUUUGCUGCAUGAUGCGGACGCUUGUGGGAGUGAUGGAGAGAACGACUCCAUUCAGCAGACCACACUCAGCCUGGACCGCCGCUGGAGGAAUAUAUGUGCCAUGUCUAUGGAGAGGAGAAUGAGGAUUGAGGAGACAUGGCGCCUAUGGUGCAAGUUCCUGGACGAUUAUGCUCGUUUUGAAGAGUGGCUGAACACAGCAGAAAGAACAGCUGCCAACCCCGCCACCAAAGAUGUGCUCUACACCUGUGCUAAAGAGGAACUCAAAAAGUUUGAGGCAUUUCAGCGUCAGGUCCACGAGCGAUUGACACAACUGGAACUGGUGAAUAAACAAUAUCGGCGUCUGGCGCGAGAGAACCGGACUGAUGGAGCCAGUAAACUGAAGCUGAUGGUGCAUGAGGGAAACCAGCGCUGGGAUACACUACAGAAGAGAGUGGCCGCUGUGCUUCGCAGGUUAAAGCACUUCACAUCUCAGCGUGAAGACUUUGAAGGAACGAGGGAAGGGAUUUUAGUCUGGCUGACUGAGAUGGACCUUCAGCUCACCAAUGUGGAGCAUUUUUCAGAGAGCGAUAUCCAUGAAAAGAUGCGUCAACUAAAUGCAUUUCAGCAGGAGAUCACUCUAAACACUAAUAAAAUCGAUGCUCUGAUUGUGUUUGGAGAGAAUCUGAUCCAGAAAAGUGCUCCGCUGGAUGCCGUGCUCAUUGAAGAUGAGCUAGAAGAGCUUCACUCGUACUGUCAGGAAGUGUUCGGCAGAGUCGCCCGAUUCCACCAUCGUCUUAUCAGUAGACGCCCGGUUCUUGAAGAGGAGCGUGAGUUCUCGGACAGAGACACAGAUCCGGAGGACUCUGCUGAUUUCGGUGGGGUGUGGGAGAGGGAAAGAGAGGAAGAGGAGGCUGCCAUGGGCUGUGAUGUGUCGUUAACUGUACGUCAGGCUGUUUCACAGCUAUUACCGCCUGCUUUGGAGCGCUCAGGCCGUGAGACGCCUGUCAGUGUGGAUUCAAUUCCGCUGGAGUGGGAUCACACUGUGGAUGUGGGAGGAUCUUCUUCUCCGGAGGAGGAUGAGGAGUUGACCUACUACAGCGCUCUGUCAGAUGUAGAAGUCACUGAAAGCUCUCAGUCUUAUGUUAAAGCUACAGCUAAAGCUCUGAAGGCUGUGUCCGGAGGAAGGUCAAUGGUGGAGACGUGGCAUUCUCCUGAUGCGCCAGACAGAAAGCGAGCGAAUAGAGAGAUCAUACUCAGCCUCACAUCUUCCCCCAUUGACACCAGUGCACAGUACCAUCCACAGGCCUAUGAUAAACUGAUGUCCGAGUGUGCGGGCAGUAUAGACAGUAUAAAGCGAGUCAAGCUGAUUCUGAAUGAGGAUGAACAGCUGGAGGAUCAGGGUCUGACGGGCUUCAGUGCAGCAGAUAACACAGAUGGUCUGUGUUCAGGUGUGAUCGAGCGGUGGGAGCUGCUUCAGGUGCAGUCGUCUCGCGUCCCGCAGGAUCUUCAGCACUGGCACAGACUGAACUCUGACCUCUCUGACAUUAUGGUAUGGCUGAACGCUGUGAUGCCUGAACUGGAGACAUUGCAGACUCUAGAGGCCAAAAUCACCAUCAGAGACAUGGAGAGCAAGAUCCACAAACUGAAGGAUAUGCAGAGAACUUUCAAUGGCUACAAAUCAGUUAUGAUCGGUGUGAAUCUCAGCGGACGGAGCUUCCAGCACGGUGACAGCGCUGAACUCCAGGAGCUGCGUGAGACUCUCCAGCGGGUCAAUCAGAAGUGGACUCAAGCCUGUGCGGCGCUAGACAGCUGGGAGCAUCGCCUGCAUCGAGCACUCAUGGAGUGUCAGGAGUUUCACGAGACUCUUCACUCUCUGCUGCUCUGGUUAGCUAAAGCUGAAAGCCAACGCUACAUGGUGAACAUCCAUGACCAAAACACAGACCUCAACAUCCUUCAAGAGCAUCAAGACACACUCAAGGCUGUUCACCAGGAGUUACAGUCUCGUGAACAGGAGGUGAACUCUCUACAGGAUAUCUCCUCUCAGAUCCUCCUACAGGACCAGGGUGAAGACACCCUUGAGGCUAAAGAGAAGGUGCACGUCAUCAGCAAUAAGUUACGGCUGCUCAUACGACAGAUCUCACACGACCUGAACACACUCCAUAGCAGACUGGAUUCAUCAGGUCCUAAUGUGGACAGAACUGCAUCAACACAACAACAGGAAGCAUCAGGAGCUCAGGCUGUUACACAGGGAUCUCCAGCGAGUGUCAGGUGUGAGAAGCGCGAGUCGUCUCCAGCGAGGCCGUUUCUGUAUCGUGUUCUGCGGGCUGCUUUUCCUCUGCAUCUCCUCCUGCUGCUGCUGCUGGUGGUGGCCUGUCUGGUGCCUCUGUCAGAGGACGAUUACAGCUGCACGCUCUCCAACAACUUCGCCCGCUCCUUCUAUCCCAUGCUCCUCUACACCAACGGACCGCCGCCAACAUGAGUUCCAAAACACACACACUCGAACCCUUCACAGCAAUGUCUGCAAGUUUAACCAUUUACCUGCAACAAUCAGUGGAUUUGAGGAUUUCUGGGAAACGUUUGUAUAUUUGAAGACUUGUAUAGAAUGUUCUGUAGCAGCGCAUUGGGGAAAACGCCACACAAAUGUAUUUAUUUUUGAAAUUUAAGGACAUAUUUUAAGCGAUAGAUCGACUCUUGAGAUGGCUUGUAUUUUCUAAGUAGAAACCCUGUUUGUGUGUCUGAACGAUGGAACCGGAAUAUCAGUCAUCCACCUUUUUUUAGAUUGUGUUUUAGAUUAUGGGUCGCACUUCCGGUUUGUGGAACUUCCAUUCAAAAAAUCUGAAAUGUAUUAUCUUGAAUAAUAAAGUCGUGCUAUGAAUAAUAGAAUAAUAGAUAUCUUUAGGUUAAACUGAGUGAGGUCAUAAUUUUUAUUCGUCAUUAAUAACAAUUUAUUUAAGAAUGACAUCAGAUUAUUUUCUAUUUUCUAUUCCUACAAUACAUACAUAUUCAACAUACGACCGUAAUAUUGCUUCAUGAAAUGCUCUUUUUCAAGUUUUUGAAGUAAUUUAUGGUCUGCUGAAUGUAAUUUGUUAACUGUGAUCAGUUUAAUGUUAAGGAAACACCACAUUUUUAAGCAUUUUACAACUCCCCUUGAGAAAAACAGUUGAGUUUUGCCUUUUUUUGAUGUAUUCAGGAGAUCUGGCACUUCAGCUUAGCUUAGCAUAGGUCAUUGAAUCAGAUUGGACCCUUAGCAUCUCGCUCAAAAAAAAAAAAAAAAAAAAAAGAGUUUACCACCAUUUUCCUAUGUUAAGCUUGACUUCUGUAAUCAAAUUACUGACGGGAGCACUUUUAGCUCAGCUUAGCUUAGCAUAAAUCAUUGAAUCGGAUAACACCAUUAGCAUUCAAUCGAAUUAGACCAUUAGCAUCUCACUUAAAAAUAAAUAAAGAAUUUGCCAUAAGUUUGCUAUUUUAAGCUUGAUUGUUCUGUAGUAAAAUUGCUGGCAUGAGUACUUUUAGCUUAUCUUUGCUUGGCAUAGAUCAUUGAAUCAGUUUAGACCAUUAGCAUCUCGCUCAAAAAAAAGAUAAUUGAAUCUGAUUAGACCAUUAGCAUCUCAAUCCAAAUUUAACAGAAUUUGCCAUCAUUUUUCUAUUUUAAGCUUGACUCUGUUGUCAAAUUAUUGGUGGGAGCACUUUUAGCUUAGCUUAGCAUAGAGCAUUAAAUCGGAUUAGACCAUUAGCAUCUCGCUCAAAAAUGAACAAAGAAUUUGCUUUAAUUUUUAGAUUUUAAGCUUGAAUCUUCUGUAUUCAAAUUACAGGCGGGAGCACUUUUAGCUUAGCUUAGCAUAGAUGAUUGAAUCCAAUUAGACCAUUAGCAUCUCAUUCAAAAAUGAACUAAGAAUUUGCCAUAAUUUUCAUAUUUUAAGCUUGACUCUGUUGUCAAAUGACUGGCGGAAGCACUUUUAGCUUAGCUUAGCAUAGAGCAUUGAAUCGGAUUAGACCAUUAGCAUCUCAAAAAUGAACAGUUUACCAUUAUUUCCUAUUUUUCCUGAACUCUUCUGUAGUUACAUUGUGAGCUAAAAUCGUUUUUUAAAAAGAUGCUAAUGAUCUAAUCAGAUUCAAUGAUCUAAGCUAAGCUAAGCUAACAGUGCUCCAGCCAGACCCGAAGAUCAGCUGAAUGGAUUUAAAACUGGUAAAACUCAACAGUUUAACUCUUGGGGAGUUUUUAAAUUAGUCUAUUUUCUAAAAAAAAAAAAAAGUGUUCCCUUAAUAUUUGAUUAAUGAGAAUAAUAAUGCCACAUCAGAAGUUGCCUCUGUAAUUUAUACACUAAAUGUGUCGUUAGAAAAAGGUGGACUGUUUUGUUACAGGGAAAUUAAUAUGAAAUGAUUUGAGAUGUUAAAUAUAUUUUAUUUGUAGCUCUUUUAACUGCCAUUUCUUUGGUCAAAGCCAUUGAGUAGAGAAACAGUGAGGCGUCAGGGUGCGUGCAAAUGUCUGUUUGUGUAAUUUAUUCAGCUGUCAACUUUCAUGUGUGAAUAAUGUAAAGCUACUGAAGUUAUUUAAUUGUAAUUAGUCAACAAUCUCAGCAGAGAUACAAAUGGUGUUCCUUAAGCUAGAAGUUCUCCGGCAAGAGGCUGCAGAAGUUGUUUAGUUUUCUCUGGAUUUUCCUAGACGGUUGAGGUGCGUCUCUUUAAAACAUUUCAGAAAUAUCCACACGAUUGGAUGUGGCUGUUUUUAGUCUGUGACAGACAGUUAUGAUGGUAAUAACAUGGUGAAAAGCCAUUAGUCGCUCUCACUUGUACUAACUGCCAAAGUGUCAGACGUCAUUCUGUAUGUUUUAUUAUAAUUCACCACGGUUACUUUUUAAAGAUAUAUAUAUAUGUUAUUUGUCCUGCUGCUGUUUGAUUUUGAUGUGUUUGUUAUUAAUUGUUAUUGGUUUAAGGGUUACGUUAUUGGUCAACCGAAACAAAGGUAUAAAUAUCCAGAUUAAUCAGAGAAGCGUUCACUUUAAUAUGAAUUUAUUUUGCAGGAAACCUUGCACUGCCAACGUCAAACACUGGUUGAAGAAAAUAAAAAGUUAGAUGUGAUGUUUGUGCUUCCUUUUGAGUUUCAAGUCAGUUUUACAACAAAUAAACGUCAUGUACAAAUUUGA